CAGUCUACGGACCGAGUGUGCGAGUCAGAAGGCGCAGGUUAAUGCGGGCGGCGAGUUACUCCAGCGCCGAGUUCCCAAAACUUGCGGCAGUUUAAAUUGCCUUGAUUAGUUUCAUUUUUUUAAAUCUUUUAGUUAUCUAUCCAAAGUUGUUUCUCUUUCUUUUUCUUUUUUUUUUUUUUUUUUUUUUGGUCUUUUUCCUGCCUGCGAAGCCAACUAUCACUGGUUCAUUUGUCCAUACCCCGCAGCUGGACAGAGAUGAGUAGUCCCGAUGCGGGUUACGCCAGCGACGAUCAGACCCAGGCAAGGUGUACCAUGUCAGUCAUGAUGCCGGGUAUGGGACACUGUCAGUGGGCAGACCCUCUCAGUCCUCUCGGGGAGGCCAAAGUGAAAAACGAGCCGUGCGCGUCGUCCAGCUCCGGGAGUAACCAGAACCGCGGGAAGAGUGAACCGCGGAUCCGGCGGCCCAUGAACGCGUUCAUGGUGUGGGCGAAGGAUGAGCGCAAGAGACUGGCCCAGCAAAACCCGGACCUGCACAAUGCGGAGCUGAGCAAAAUGCUGGGAAAAUCAUGGAAGGCUCUUCCUGUGAAUGAAAAGCGGCCCUUCGUGGAGGAGGCUGAGCGGCUGCGUGUUCAGCACAUGCAGGAUCACCCCAACUACAAAUACCGGCCAAGGCGGAGGAAGCAGGUGAAGAGGAUUAAGCGACUCGACUCUGGCUUUCUAGUCCACGGUGUGUCCGACCACCAGGCCUCGUCGAUGGCAGGCGAUGGCCGAAUGUGUCUGGAGAGCCUCGGACUCGGCUACCACGAGCACGGCUUCCAGAUGCCCCCGCAGUCUCUCAGCCACUAUCGUGACGCCCAGGGCCACGGGGGUGCCUCGUAUGAACCCUACAGCCUGCCCACCCCCGACACCUCCCCACUGGAUGCCGUGGAAUCGGACUCUAUGUUCUUCCCCCCACACUCCCAGGAGGACUGCCAUAUGAUGCCUGCGUACGCUUACCACUCGCAGGCGGCAGAGUACCCACCGCCCCAGGAGCCCCACGCUAACCAUCACGCUAACCCUCUCCUGCACAGACACCUGACCUCCGUCCCCGAGCAGGUGCCCCAGCCCUCCGCCCCACUGCCCCCCUCUUACAUGGGAUGCCCGAAUCCCCUGGCCAUGUACUACACCCAGCACUGCAACCCCGGCCACCCCAAACGGCACCCGGGCCACGGGGCGGGACAGCUCUCCCCUCCUCCUGACUCUCACCCCCACGUGGCAGACAGCGUGGAGCAAAUGCACCACUCGGAGCUGCUGGGCGAAGUGGACCGGAGCGAGUUCGAACAGUAUUUGAGCUCGUCUUCGGCGCGCACGGACAUGACGGGCCUGUCGUACGGCCUGCCCGAGACCGGCAUGCAGGGACCCGAAAGUCUCAUAUCAUCGGUUCUGUCGGACGCCAGCACGGCUGUGUAUUACUGCAACUACAACAACAACUCCUAACCUCUGCCCCGUUUGCUGCAGCCGCGAUGACACGACCCUAAAAUGACCCGAAAUGUUUGUCUCCAAUUAUGAAUGAGGCAAACAACAUUUUUCCCCCUUUUUUGUUUUUCUCUCCCCUCUCUUUUUAUAUUUGAAUUAAUGUUGACACUGAGAGUGCAGUUGGAGAAACCUUUGGAUGUGACAAUGUUGAAAACUGAGAAGAAGCUCUACAACAUUUGAACACUGGCUUAAACGAUGCCCCUUUUUUUCCUCUGUGCAGGACUUUGAAUAUUUUUUUUUGUUAAUGAUAAACUAUUGUACAGUCAGUAUUUUUAAUUAUAUGUAUAUACUGUAAGUGUUUUAUACUUUUGCACUUUUGAAAAAAAAUAAAAUUUGGAAAGUAGACUCGUAUUCUCUCGUUCAACCUCC